AUUUUGUUGAUGUAAUGUAAUAAAACUUCAUUAAACAAGAGCAUACUUCACUUUUGUUUUGACAGUUCGUCACCGAAAGUUAGUGUACAUACUAAUUAUUUUUUUACAAAAAUGUGCAAGAUGAGUUGUAGCAAUCUCAGUAGAAAAAUUUUGCUCAGUAAAAUGGCCAAAGCUUACUCUUAAGCGUAUCCCGACCAAAUUUAUACUUACUUAAUAUCUAUAGUUCAUAAUAUAUACCAAGCAUAACAAAGCCGCCUUUUUCUACUCUAUAAAAAUCAGUCUUCUAUUCGAUAAUUACCAGUUUUUUAUAUAGUAUUUAUUCCGAAAGAUGUUCAACUGAUCGGUUCUGAAGGAAUUGCAUACUUUUUCUGGCUCAUUUUUUAUUUGAACGGGAUAAAAUAUAGAUUUGGUCAUGGCUGCUUCUGAGGGAAGAUCACUGUCUGCUGCCGUAUCCAUACCACAGUGGAUGAAGAAUAAAAUGAACAAGUUCGAUUUCGAACAAAGCGCCUUCUCACCAACCGAAAUAGACGACAGCUACCUGUUGUAUUAUCGUUAUCCAAGAGAGGAGGCAAAAGAGAACAACAACUCGACCAUCAAGAAAGUGGACGCGUCUAAGUACACCUUACCCUGUCAGAAGUACCUGAGCAAUGGAAACGAUUGCGCAACAGCGCAACGUGUAGUGUACCCCAUCCAGGCGAAAACAAAAUCCAGCGGUGUCGAUGACGGCUUCAAAGGAGAAGCCGCCAAAUGCGGCAGCUCCAUCAUCAGUUUGGCCAACAUGAUGGUCUCCGGUAAGAUUGUGAGAGGGUUCGACGUUGCACCCGAAGGGCAGAACCCCGCGGACAAACCGCCCCAAGGUUUCGACCCCAUGAUGCGAAGGGGAAGCAAAUCUCUACCUGCUUCUCCUCUGGGCUCGCCCAGGGAGUCGCCGAAAGCACGCAAGAAAUACAACAAAUAUUUCACGGGUGCUUUCGUCGAUUCGGACGCCAAACACCAGGGCAGCUGGAUUCUGUCGAACUUGCUCGCUAAAAGGGAAACCGUCUCGCAGUCUUGCGAUCUGAUCGCGGAAGAAGAAAGCGAGGAUACAAAGAGCCUUCACCCGGAAGAAUUCAUAAAGCCUGUGAUGAAGAAGAAGUCGACACUCGUGCCAAAACCAUCUGAAUUGAGGGAGAUGAAUUUCUGGUCACCAACUUCUAUGUAAAGAUAUUCGUUUUUAACACAGUUCACAAUUUUUGGUUAUCAUGUCGACAAAGCACCAUGUGUUAAGUUAAGAACCAAUUUUGUAACUUGUUAAAUUUUUCAACAAUGACGAAUCAUAUUUGUUUAUAGAACUUUUUUCAAGACUACUCAUGAAUAUCUCGAUUUGUGUUUUAUCCUUGCAAUGAUUAAUAAGUUGGUUGAAUGCAAUUUCUAGAAAUUUUGUAAAUAUGUUUUCUUAACAUUAGUUUUUCCCAGAUUUCUCUCAGUAUUUAGGUUAUGAACAUCUUUUCUGAUUGUAACCUACUUUUUUCUGAUCUUUUUAUUUAUUUUUUUUUUGGUAAUCAUCUGAUUAGUAGAUUUAAGGAUGUGUAGGUGCGAAAUCAUUUAAUAAAUAAAAAUAAUCUUAUUUUAUGUGA